AUGUCGCUGACCAACACAAAGACGGGGUUUUCGGUCAAGGACAUCCUGGACCUGCCGGACACCAACGAUGAAGAGAGCUCGGUGGCCGAGGAGCUCGGAGGAAGAGAGCGAGGGGUCCGAGCCGCCAAGAGGGCCGGUCCUCUGGGGCAGAGCGCCCUGGACUCGGUGCAGAAGCCUGACUCUGGAAGACCCCUUCUACAACGCAGCGACAACCCGUACAGUCGCUGGCUGGCCAGCACCAGGGCCUUCAGAAUACCGUUAGGCGCGGAGGACCGAUGGCGCACGGAGGCUCCGGGCGCGCAGGGUCCGGCUGCCCUGGCGCGCGGCCUCCCGGCGCCUGACGCGCUUCUCUCUCCCUCAGUGCACGGGCUGGCGGCCAGCGCGGCGCCCCAGGACUCCAGCUCCAAGUCUCCGGAGCCUUCCGCCGACGAGUCACCGGACAAUGACAAGGAGACCCCGGGCGGCGGGGGGGACGCGGGCAAGAAGCGGAAGCGGCGGGUCCUCUUCUCCAAAGCGCAGACCUACGAACUGGAGCGGCGCUUCCGGCAGCAGCGGUACCUGUCGGCGCCCGAGCGCGAGCACCUGGCCAGCCUCAUCCGCCUGACGCCCACGCAGGUCAAGAUCUGGUUCCAGAACCAUCGCUACAAGAUGAAGCGCGCCCGGGCCGAGAAAGGUAUGGAGGUGACGCCCCUGCCCUCGCCGCGCCGCGUGGCCGUGCCGGUUUUGGUCAGGGACGGCAAGCCGUGCCACGCGCUCAAAGCCCAGGACCUGGCAGCCGCCACCUUCCAGGCGGGCAUCCCCUUUUCGGCUUACAGCGCGCAGUCGCUGCAGCACAUGCAGUACAACGCCCAGUACAGCUCGGCCGGCGCCCCCCAGUACUCGACAGCACACCCCCUGGUCCAGGCCCAGCAGUGGACUUGGUGA